UGUGAGAUUCAGUUUGACAAUAAAGUUUUAGAAGUAGACUUUGACCUAUAGAUUAUUAGAAUUUCUAUAAUAACUAAGUAAUAAGAAAUUGCGUAAUGGCUUAGAUAUUAAAAUAUACACCUUACUCCAUUUCCUAAUGCGAUAAUUCCAUUACUUUAAUCAUGUAUAAUCCCGCUGUAACAGUAAGAAGGAUCGAUGUUUUGAUUCGUAUUUUGGGCAAUCGUAAACAAAUAUUAGCUGCUAACCCAGUGAGAAGUUAUGCUAGUGAGGAUAAAGUGACCAUAGGAGAUAUCAGUAAAGAGAUUAAGGAUCCUAAAAAGGUUGAAUAUGUGCCUCGAAAAUACUUAACAAUUGAAGAUGCUGAAAUAAAGUCACUGUCACAAAGCACCCUGAGGAACUUAAGAUGGAUGAUGCAAAAAGAUUUGCUCGGCCAGGACAUGUUCCUGCUAGGAAGGCCUGGACCAAGCAGGAGAAAAGUCGCCCUGCAGUAUUUAGAGUUGACACAGAGGGAGUUGGAAUACGUGGCUCUCUCGCGAGAUACGACGGAAGCUGACCUCAAACAGAGAAGGGAGAUUCAGAGCUCCACUGCCAAAUAUUUUGAUCAGAGUGCAGUACGCGCCGCAGUAGAAGGCCGAGUGCUGGUUCUUGAAGGUAUAGAGAAGGCAGAACGUAAUGUGCUGCCAGUGUUAAAUAAUUUGCUCGAAAACAGGGAGAUGCAUUUGGAAGAUGGAAGGUUUUUGGUUCCGGCUUCCAGAUAUGAUAAACUACUAGAGGAACAUGGUGCUGAAGAAGUUUCAAAAUGGCGGCUGGUUCGCGUCGACGAGAACUUCCGCGUGAUAGCGCUCGGUCUGCCGGUGCCGCGGUACAGCGGGCAGCCGCUCGAUCCGCCGCUUAGAUCUCGCUUCCAGGCCAGAGAUGUCGCUACUAUCGGUUUUGGGGAACACCUAAACGUGUUAAAGGACGAGGCUCCCCAGGUGGACCCCGUGAAGCUGGAGCAGCUGCUCUCCGCCGCGUACGCGCUCAUCAGCCCGGAGCUGCAGCAGGUCAGCCUGCCCGACUUCCCUGUUGACAGCCUGCAGGCUGCCGCUCUCAUACUGGAACGUAACCCAAACAUUCCGAUACACAAAUUAAUAUACCUCCUCUAUCCAUACAAUUCAUUCCUAUCAAAAGAACACGUGAAGAAUGUUGAGGCUGUUCUCCAUAACCUCAAGAUAAACACUUCUACGAAAUGGAACAUAGCUUUCCAAGGCGUAGAGUUCAAAGGAAACCAGGCGUUAGUGAAUAUGGAAAUAGAUGGUGCUAAGUCACAGUUUAGCGUGCCAUGUGGAAGUAGAAAAACUGGGGAAUAUAAUAAGUAUAUGAUCAAGACGGCUUAUCAAAGUGAAUUGCUGAAUGAACUGCUUUUGAGCCACAGUGUUGGAGACUUCUGUAUAAUUGGUCCAAAAGGCUGCGGCAAAAGCCUUUUAGUUGCUCAACUGUCAUCCUUAUUGGGCUACACAAUAGAGCCUAUAGUCCUAUACCAGGACAUGACAGCCAGAGACUUGGUACAGCAGAGAACGACUCUGGACAAUGGAGACACAGUGUGGAGGAAUUCGGCUCUCGUUGAUGCCGCUUUGAAAGGACAUUUAGCGGUAUUAGAUGGACUUCAUCGGAUACAUGCUAGUACUCUUGCUGUGUUGCAUAGGCUUGUCCACGACAGAGAGUUACAGCUUCACGACGGCACGCGACUCUUACGACAGGACCGUUACGAUGAACUGCUCGCGUCUGGUAUCACCGAGGCACAACUCGAACAGAACGGCGUCAAGAAGAUACACCCUGCCUUUAGAAUAGUGGCAUUAGCAGAGCCUCCAGUCCUCGGCCGAGGACAGCAGUGGCUGUCUCCAGAGAUACUCAGCCUUUUUAUAUUCCACGAGAUGAGAAACUUGAGCAAGAGCGAGGAAAUAUUCAUCAUCAAUAGUUUAUACGGAGAUAUAUCCCAACCCCUACAUUCAAUUAUAAAUCUGGCAGAUGAGUUAAGGAGAUCAGAAGACAGUACCCUCAAAAACCUAUCAUCAUCUCUAUCCACUCGUCAGCUCCUCAGGAUAGCCAGCAGGAUGUCCAAAUACCCCACGGACUCCGCUUACGAGACCGUCCAACAGACAUUCUUAGCAAAAUUCCUACCGAACUUAGCAAGACGAGCGCUAGAUGGCGCUAGUCAAAAACUCGGUAUCGACCCACCUCGAAGGUUUGGCAUCUUCGGUAAUAACCCCUCGGAAGCUAAAGUCGAAUGUUCUGUCAAAAAUAAUGUUCUAACAAUAGGAAAUACAAGCACGAAAAUAUUCGAAACGGACGCCUUGACUAAAGUACCAGAUAUCCUGUUCUACGAUGUGCCUCAACACAUGAGAUUGCUGGAAUGGUUGCUGCAAGACUUUUUGCUGGGCAACCAUCUACUGUUAGUCGGCAACCAAGGUGUGGGAAAGAACAAAAUCGCAGACCGGUUGCUGCAACUCUUGAACCGUCCGAGAGAGUACAUUCAAUUACAUCGAGAUACUACGGUGCAAUCCUUAACGGUUCAGCCUACAGUGAAAGAUGGAGUAGUUGUUUAUGAAGACUCUCCCUUAGUGAAAGCAGUUAAGUACGGCCAUGUGUUAGUGGUUGACGAGGCAGAUAAGGCGCCUACACACGUGACGUGUAUCUUGAAGACUUUAGUCGAAAACGGUGAAAUGAUCCUCAGUGAUGGUCGGAGAAUUGUGCCUAAGAAUUUGCUUGACAGUUCUGGUGGCGAAGUUUCCAGCUUCAUUCCGGUACAUGAUGAUUUCAGAAUGAUUGUACUGGCGAAUAGACCUGGAUUCCCAUUUUUAGGAAAUGAUUUCUUUGCAUCAUUAGGCGAUUUGUUUUCGUGUCACGCCGUUGACAAUCCGUCGAUAGAGUCCGAAAUGGAACUUCUCCGGUCGUACGGACCGGACGUGCCUCAUGACGUCAUGAAGAAGCUAGUGCAGGCGUUCGCGAUACUAAGAGAUAAGGCUGAUCAAGGACAGCUGACCUAUCCCUACUCUACUAGAGAGCUCGUCAAUAUUGUUAAACAUUUACAGAAAUACCCCGGCGAAGACUUAGCGACGGCUAUCGGCAACGUGUUUGACUUUGACCGGUACAGCAAGGACAUGGCUGACACACUCCUGGAAGUGCUUCACUCCAGCGGCCUGCCCACAGAGGGCGUGCUUGAAGGACGCUCGAAAGACGCGCUCAAGAAGAUACAGCUCACUGUGGAUAGACAUAGUGGUAAAGAUGUAUCAUCUCCAAAGCAUGGUAAAGAGGACCCUAAGAACGAGCCGCACGUGGGCGGCAACACGUGGGCGGGCGGCACUGGCGGGAGGGACACCGCCGGCCUGGGCGGGAAGGGCGGGCCCUACCGGCUGGAUAAGGGACAUGAUGUGCAUCAGCUUUCAGACGCUGAAAAAGACGACAUACCGGAGCACGUGAAGCAAGCAGCUCGCGAUAUGAAUAGAAAGGCUUUCGAGGAGCGUCUGAAAGAGAUUCAGAUGAGCGAGUACGAUGCCAAGCUGUAUGGGCAGUUCUAUAGGGCCGUGCAACCGCAGAUAGGAGCAUUACGCGGCGUCUUAGCUGAACUGCAAGCGAAGAAGAAGGAAAGACAAUGGAGCCGGCACCAGACUAGCGGCGAACUUGACGACGGAAAAAUUAUAGAAGGUCUGGCGGGCGAGCGCUCCAUCUACCGGCGCCGCGCGGAGCAGGAGCCGCCGCCCGGCGCGCCGCCGGAGCGCGCCAAGCGGCUGCGGCUCGUGCUCGACGUGUCCGGCAGCAUGUACAGGUUCAAUUCCUACGACGGUCGUCUCGAACGCUCAAUGGAGGCGGUAGUCCUGUUGACCGAGGCGAUGAAGGGUUACGAGGCUCGCAUCCGGUAUGACAUGCUGGGGCAUUCUGGAGAGGACCACGCGCUGGAGCUGGUGAGGGUUGACAGACCCCCGGAUAAUGAGAAGCAGAGGUUGCAGAUAAUCCGCACGAUGCACGCCCACGCGCAGUUCUGCUGGUCGGGCGACAACACGCUGCCGGCCGCCAAGCACGCCAUCUCCAGCCUCGCCGCGGAGGACGCCGACGAGGCCAUCGUGCUUAUACUGUCUGAUGCUAAUCUUAGGAGAUACGGCAUCCAGCCGGAAGAGCUAGGCACGAUUUUAACAUCAGACCACCGAGUACAGGCACACGUCAUCUUCAUCGGCAGUCUGGGAGACGAAGCCAAUUCCCUCCUGCGCCGCUUGCCAGCAGGCCACGCUCACGUCUGCAUGGACGUCGCCUCCCUGCCGCAGAUCAUGCAACAGAUAUUCGCCUCCUCGCUACUACAGUCCUCUUCACAAUAACAACAA